GACUGGUGGCCAUCAUCCAUCGUUUGUCACCAAAGAUUUGCACGAUAUGAUUGGCCGAUUGUGAAGUCUCGAUACUCGCAUGAUUUUUUAUGGAAUUUAUCUCGAGCUUCGAUUGAACUGCAGGAAGGGAAGACGUCCACAUUAAUAGACUGACUCACUAUAUCGCAAUACUAGACCACAUAUUGCAAUCAUGGGAGGCCCCAAUCUCGAAGUGUUCAAGUUCGGCAUGUAUAUCAUGUUCCCAAUCGCAAUCAUGUACUACUAUGGCACAAAUCUCGACCAAAGAUUUUCGGUUCCGGACUUCUGGCCAAGAGUUGACCAGACCAAUCGUAUCCCGUUCGAGAGGGAGGAGAUUAAAUCAGAGCUCGAGAGAUUGAGGCAGAAGAGACUUUACUUGAGAGAGCAGAGGGUGCGGGGUGCCAAUGGAUCAAACGGCGAGGAGAAAUAAGGAAGAAGACGGCUAGGAAGAAUGCCACAAUAGAAAGGUGGCAUACGAAGAAAGUCGAAGACAGAGAAUUUCAUGCGACGAUAUUGGUAUAAAAUGGACUACAAGGCA